CAUCCAUAUUUAUCAAUGAUAAAUCCUUUAGCUAAUCGUUUGAUUUCAAUACGUGUUUGGUUAGAUUCAUGGUUACAAAUGGAUCGUAUUGAUCGAGAAUUAUUUGAACAACAUAAUCGUAUGCUAAUAUUUCCAAAUUCACCAAUCAAAGCACGUAAUCAUGAAUUAUUGUUUAUAUUUCUAAGUAAUAUUUUUGGUAAUUUCUUUCAAAUUGGAUUCCAAAUUGUUGUUGCAGUUUCGGCUGUUGUACUUCUUCCGCAAUUAUAUUCACUAAUAGUGGUUCAAAAUUCGAUAUUAUUAAAAAUAGCAUUAGUGAUUGAAUCAUUAAUGAUGGUUUAUACAAUGGCAACAUUAGUACAAUGUGCACUAUUAUUAUCAUGUUCAAUAAUAGGAUCAUAUCUAAUAUUUAAUGGUAGUAUUGAUGAUUUGAAUCAAAAAUUUAUUGAUAUUUUAAAUAAAUCAAAAUAUCAUGGUCAUCAAAUCAAUGUAAAGGAUUCAAAACAAUUAAGAUUUUAUCUAAAUGAACAUACUAGAUUAUCAUAUUAUGUUAUUUAUACGGAUAAAACAACAUGGAGUGAUGCAUUAUAUUAUUAUGCAUUAAUCAGCAUACCAAUGAAUGUUGCAUUAAUGUGUGAAUUGAUUGUUGAAGAUAUUAUACCGGAAACAAAAUUUAUAAUUAUAUUUAUUACAGCAAUACAUGCUGUUACCGGAUCAUUUCCAUGUAUUCUAUUCGCUAAUAUGUCAAGUAAUUUUCAUGCAAUCAAAGAUUAUUUACCAGCAAUGCAAUUACAAUUAAAACGUUCAACGCAUCUUCGAUUGAAAUUAAAAUAUGAUGAUCUUUAUGAACGAUUAUUAACGGGCAAAAAAAUUGCCUUUACAUUUGGUUAUUUGGGUGAUUUAACAUUUCGUGGCCUGUUUGAAGCAUUAUUAGGCUAUAUUGCUGCAUUCUUUUUAAUAUUGAAAAUCUAUAUG